AUGGUGAGACGACUGGCCCAGCUAGCAGCACUGUUCGUGGUGCUGACCCUUCAAUGUCUGCGCACAGGAGCGAUAGAGGUUUACCUCACGGUGCGACCAAAAAAAUUAAAAUGCUUAAAAGAGCGAAUUAAUAAGGAUACCCUCGUGGUGGCGAAAUUCAAAACAGACAACAAAAGUUUACCGAUCUCUAUAUUCAUCUACGAUACGGAUAUAAACGAAAGAACAUUUAACUUUCAAAAAAAGGUACCACUCUUUGAAACGAUUAAUGACCACGAUAUAAAGACAGCCUUUACAACCUUCUACACUACCUCCUACUCCUUCUGCGCAUAUAAUAAUACGAAUAAAAUUAUGGAUGUGUUUUUUGAAAUAAAGCAUGGUACGGAGGCAAGAGACUAUGCGCAAAUAGCCAAGUCGGAACAUCUGAAUGAAGCUACCAUAUACUUAAAGCAAAUCGUUGAUCAAAUGACUACCUUCCACUUGAAUUUAAAAAGGAUUAGAGCGUCGGAGGAGAAUGAAAAGAAGUCCAGUGAUAAGCUCAAUGAUACCCUGAUGUGGUUCUCCCUCAUGAAUAUUUUAAUUAUUAUCGUCGCCGCCAUCAUCCAAGAUUUCUACUUCAAGCGAUUUUUCACAUCCAAGAAAAUUAUCUGA